UCUCUUAGGAGAGUCAGCUGUUUGCUGAGAAGGUUCAGCAGAAUCAAACAACAAAGAAUUUUCCAACUUAUACUAUACAGCGAUAUAAAUAGUCAGAACGGUUGACCUUGACGUUGGGCGAUGUCUAGCCCACAUAUCAACUACCGCUCCCUGGCCGAGGAGGCGGCCAGUCCGUUCCUGGAGCACCAUCCCUCCACGGGCCAAGGCCCAUCCAAAACACAAGACGCAAAAGCGAACGCAGCUGCUGCGCAUAUUGACCCCCUGGGCGAACACGGGCUGGAGCAGCCGCUGGAUGAAAACGACACCGAGCAUGAAGGCGAGGACACGCCCCGAAACAGUGGCGUCAUGAUCCACAUGGUUCCGGAGACGGGGCGUGCGCGGUGGAACCACAUCGAGGACCUUGACUCGUUCUUCUCGCGGAUGUAUCAGUACCAGCAGAAGCACGGAUUCACAGUGAUUGUGGUGGACGAAAUGCUACAGGUUCUGGAGUUUGGUUUCGUCGUCUGGCUGCUGACUGUUGUGAUGCACUGCGUCCGCUUUGACGUACUCUUUGGGGAUACCCCUCCAGCGGGUAAUCACACCAAGACAACUUUAUCCGAUGUGAUUUACCCCACUGGGGAGUGCAUAGCCAACUUCACCUGGGUCACGUACCUGAUUGUGUUCAUUGCCGCUAUCUAUUUGGGCAUCAGGCUGCUGAAAAUGGUAUACCAUAUUACCCAGUACGCCGACAUUAGGAGAUUCUACAACUCUGCGCUUCAUAUCGAGGACUCGGAGCUGGACAAUUUCACGUGGCACGAGGUGCAACAGCGAAUCCGUCGGGUCCAGGCCGAACAGCACAUGUGCAUCGACAAGGAGUCGCUCACGGAAUUGGACAUCUAUCACCGGGUUCUGCGCUUCAAGAAUUACCUGGUGGCACUGAUGAACAAGCAACUGCUGCCUGUGAGAUUCCACAUACCGCUGUAUGGCGAAGUGGUCUCGCUGAGUCGAGGUAUGUUGUUCAACAUUGACCUCAUCCUGUUUCGCGGCCCUGGAUCUCCGUUCCAGAAUAACUGGCAGCUGCGUGAUGAGUUUGCGGUGAGGAGCAAUCAAACGGAGCUGGCACAGCGACUCUCCAAACUGAUAUUAGGAGUGGCGUUGUUAAAUUUGGUCCUGGCGCCGGUGAUCUUUGUAUGGCAGCUUAUCUACUUCAGUUUCUCCUAUGCGAACAUUCUGCGUAAGGAGCCUGGUGCCCUUGGCCUGCGUACAUGGUCAAAUUACGGACGCCUCUACCUGCGCCACUUUAAUGAGCUGGACCACGAACUUGAUGCCAGGCUGAAUCGGGCAUAUGACUACGCUGACCGCUACCUCAACUCCUUUUCCUCGCCACUGGCCGCUGUGAUAGCCAAAAAUCUGCUUUUUAUCAGUGGAGGACUACUUCUUCUUAUCCUUGGAUUGGGUAUUUACGAGGAGCACGUCUUCCAGGUGGAGCAUUUGCUUUUCAUCCUCGCAGGGCUCGGCGCCACAGGUGUGGUCUGCAGAACUCUGAUCCCGGAUGAGAAUCUUGUUUGGUGCCCGGAGCAGCUAAUGACCGCCAUUCUGGCGCAUGUUCACUAUCUGCCAUCCGAAUGGCGGCAGCAGGCGCACACGACCAAGGUACGCCAGGAAUUUAGCAACUUCUUCCAGUUUAAGGCUGGCUACCUACUCAGCGAAAUCUUCAGUCCCUUCGUAACACCCUUCGUGCUGAUCUUUGUGUUCAGGCCAAAGGCCAUAGAGCUGGUGCGUUUCUUCAGGACAUUCACCGUAUCUGUGCGUGGAGUGGGCAACGUAUGCUCCUUUGCCCAGAUGGAUGUGCGCAAGCACGGCAAUCCCGACUGGCAGCUAACCAGCGAACUGGAGGAGAUGACCCGGGCUACAGCUCAACAGCCGCAGCAGGAGCCACAGCAGCAAAGUUUGGCCGGCGGCAAAACGGAAAUGUCACUUCUCCGCUUCACACUGAACAAUCCCGAGUGGCAGAUGCCCAAGGAGGCCAAGCAGUUUCUGCGCGGCGUCCGGGAGCACGCUGUGGGUGAGCUAGUCCAGGCCAAGACAUCGAUGGUGCAGGAAAACCCGCUGACCAACAGCCUCAUCUCGUUCGGCACCAUGGGAGCGGACUAUUGUUCCAUAGCGAACUCUGUGUUGACCGCUCAGGUGACGCCCCAGCAAGUGGAGAUCUCGCAGUCGCUGCGUCCGGGACCGGGACAGGGACCGGUAUCUGGAGGAUUUCCCGUCGCAGCCAGCGACUUCCGCCAGAUGUUGCAGCAGAAUCUGUCCGCCAGCGUAGGCCCGCUGGACAGUAUGCGCCGGUUGCGACUGAGUCGGGCUGAAGGCCGCCUAGAAGGUCCGUCGGACACACUGCUCUACGGGCUCUGUGGAAUGGACCCGCGCGUGGGCAGCAGUCCCUUGAGCGUGGGCGUGGCCGACAUGUGCCUCAGUGCCCUCUAUCUGCACGAGCUGAACCAGCAGAAGCGCCAGGCGCGACAGUCUCGCAUCGACGAGGCCGAGGACGAGCGUCCGGGUCCCAGCCUUUGGCCACCGCGACCACCGGCUGCUCCGUCGACUGCCGCUGGCUCCGGCUCCCGCCAUACCGUGAUUACCUCAAAGGCUGCCGAAAGCACGCCGCUUUUGGGUAGCAUCCGCUCAUAGCAGCGGCCAGAGUGGAUCUAACCACCUGUAGAGCUAAGGACCACCCAUUCUGCUAUUAGUGAUUAACCUAAGUUUUAAAGUGUAAACGAACGAGCGAACGACGUCGUCUAGUGCGUAGCUAAACUAAUCUGAAACUAAGCUAAACUAAACGAGAAGCAAUAAACAUAAAUGCAUUAUAUCAAA